GGUGUGUUUUUUUACUAUUUUAGUAUUUUGGCAUGCGGUUAAACGUGUGUGCCAUGUGGAUGACCUGGAGAAAAAAAAAAGACUCAAGUCUUUCACUUUGUAACUGUGUUUUGCUGGUCUGUUACUUGGUUUUCCUUACCCCAGUCUCACUUAUCUGUUCCUUUUUUUGUAUCUUAUCGUGUGUGUUGACGUCUCUUCUGCAGAGAUCGAAAGGAGUGAAAAAUGAGAAGAGGUUCAUAACGAACAGUCGAGGGAUGAAGUUAUUCACACAGUGUUGGCUGCCGAUCCACAAGGAUGUCAAGGCAACAAUCUUUAUGCUUCAUGGUUACGGCAACGACAUCAGCUGGCAUUUCCAGAGCACAGCGUUGCAGUUUGCAAAUGCAGGAUAUGCGACAUUCGCAAUGGAUUAUGAGGGCCACGGGAGGUCCGACGGGCUCCGUGCGUACAUGGAGAAAUAUGAGAAUGUUGUAGAUGAUUGUGUGGCAUUCGCUAAGUCCAUUCGAGAGAGGAGCGAGUGUGCUGGAAAGCCAUGCUUCUUGUAUGGUGAGUCAUUGGGUGGUGGAAUUGCUUUACUCAUUCACAAGAAGGAGCCACAUUCAUGGAAUGGAGCUGUUCUCGUUGCUCCCAUGUGCAAGAUUUCAGAGAAGAUUAAGCCACCUGCAACUGUUACAAAGAUGCUGACCUGGGUUGCACCGUUGGCGCCGACACUCGCAGUCGUGCCGUCGAAAGACGUGCUCAGCCGAUCCGUCAAGGACUUGAAGAAGAGGGAGUUGGCACAAAGAAAUCCGGCUGGCUACAAAGGUAAACCAAGGCUGAGAACCGCUUUGGAGUUCCUGAGAAUGUGCAAGUUCAUCGAGCAGCAUAUGCAUGAGGUGAACCUUCCGUUCCUUGUCCUGCACGGCGAUGCGGAUGUCGUCACCGAUCCAGAGGUAAGCAAACUAUUGCACAAAAGCGCUGUGAGUUCAGACAAGACGAUUAAAAUAUAUCAUGGGAUGUGGCACCAGAUCAUGACUGGGGAGCCCGACGAGAACGUAGAAAUUGUCUUCAACGACAUCAUCGAGUGGUUGGAUCGCAGGGUGACUGUAGCCACCGCAUGGAAGAAGGAUCUGCCCGACGACUGAAUGAAGCCGCUACCUGGGACCAGGUACCAGGUUCUCUCAAGUCUUCAGCUGCUGAUCCUUCAGUGUCCAGCAAGAGUGGUUGGACCAGAGGGCUGCAUGUCUGGAAUGCGGUACGUUCCAACAGUUGGCUGAACCUCAUGCUAGAAAAGGACCAGGUUCUUCAUUCCGAAGUUGUUGACAGUUUCAAUUCCUUCAGACCAAGGAUCAAUGGCGAUCGGAAAACACUGCUCUGUAUGUAUCGGUUGGAAUUACUGUGCACCUGGAGUGAUAAAGUAUUCUGCGUCUGUAAUAGAAGUGUGCCAGCAAUAUACAAAUUUGUGUUGAAAAAUGAAGCGAGAUGUCUAUGGGGAUGGACUUCGACUUCAGGUCCUCACACAACACCCGUUCUGGGAGGGACUCUCGGGAACAGUCCCCAGCAAGAAAAUGUUGAGGAUGCACUUUCAGGUGGAAAGAAUGUGGAACCUUAUCUUCAGCCUGUAAGUUGGUUGUGUACAUACAUAAACGUGUUGUAGGCGUGUAGCUUAUGAUUCCGAACUU